GACUUUUAAGAGCAUUCUACAAUGGCAGUAGGCAGUACAGAGUGAGGAGUAAGAUUUUAAGAGUUGGUUUUAAGAGCAAAUGGGAAUUGCCCAUUUCGUUACUCUCGGUCGUUACAUCACUAAAAACAGUAUACUCUCCUAUUCCUACAGCCUUGUUACUGCCAUUGUAGAAUGCCCUUAAAAGUCAUUGCACGUGAAAAUAUUUUAUCGUAACCAUAAAGCCGUAAGCAAAUCAACCAAUCAUAGUUCAAACAUUCUUAUUACAUUUUAGAAUGUUUGAUUGUGAUUGGUCGAUUUGUUACGGCCUUACGAUUAAAACUUUUGAAUGUGCAACGGCCCUAAUUCCGCUUGUGCAGGCCAAAAAACGAAGAAUAAGAAGACUAAUUGCAAGUAUUGUAAGAAUCGUAAUCCUUUUGUCAGUGAGAGUUCUUUAUUUGUUGCUUUUUGCAAGCCCUUGUCAAUCACAAGUUAUUAGAUUAGCAUAUUAUCAAGUCCUUAAAUAUGGAAGAAUUUAAAGGCAAAUCAAAAAAUAGUACUGUCUACGUCUAUGCAGGUUAUACUUAUCACAUUGAUAAACGUUUACAAAACGUAUAUAGAUGUUCGACUCGUCGUAACACUGGCUGUCGAGGAUUCGUAUCAGUCAGCGAAAAUGACAAAGUAACUGUUUGCUCUUUACAUGAUCAUCCACCUAAUGACAUGAUGAUACGUAUAUUAAAUUUGAAGCGAGAAAUGUACCGUCUUUGCCAAGAAAGUGUACAGCCUAUAAAAAAAAUAUUUGAUGAUGUUUGUGAAAGUGAUUGUGAAGCAGCAAUGUAUUUAAGUUAUCCAUCCAUUAAAAGCACUCUGAAUAGAAAACGAUCUGAAUACAAGCCACCCAUACCAAAUUCUUUUGCAUCUCUUAGUUUGGAACUUGAAAAGUAUGACGCAUGCAAAGAUAUUUAUAAAGGAAAUGUAAUCGCAGAAGAUGGUAGCAUGGGACUUUUAUUUUCAAGCAAUGAAUUGCUCAAUGGACUAAAUGAAAGUGCAGAAUUAUUUGUUGAUGGAACAUUUUCGAUUGUUCCUCGGAAACCGAACAUAGUACAGCUAUAUACUAUUCAUAUUCGUUGGAAUUGCAACAGUAUUUGUUUUGUGUGAAUCACAAACUAAAGUUCUUUAUCGGGCAAUUUGGGAAAAAAUAAUUAAGCUUGCUCCAAUGCUACAGAACAAUGUAAAAUUUAUUAUGGUAAAUUACGAAAAAGCUGCAAUAGCUAUAUUACACGAAUUUUUCCCUGGGGCUGCGAUACAUGGAUGUUGGUUUCAUUUUAAUCAGUCAAUACUGCGCAAAUGGCGACAACUAGGAUUAACUAACGCUCCGAAAACCUUAAUAUCAAUGGCAAUGUCAAUUCCAUUAAUACCGCAUGUUAGAUUUGAAGAAGCAUUCACAAUACUACAACGUAUUGCUGAUAAUAUAUGCGAUGAUUAUCCUGCUGUGUUGCAAUUUAUGUCGUAUAUGCGUAAUACAUGGCUAAAUAUAUCUGAAAAAGUUUCGGUUUACAACUGCCCUGUGCGAACCAACAAUCUAGUGGAAAGCUUCCAUAACAUAGCAUUAAAACAUUUUGGCAGACAUACAAACAUAUGGAUAUUUAUAGGUAACUUGAAGAAGUUGAUUAUUAUUCAACAAACUGAUUUUUGCCGCGCGAGAAACAAUCUUCAAGUACGACGCGUCCAUUCCAAAAUCAACAAAAAAAAAUGAUAUUAUAUUACAAAGGCAAGAAGAUCUUAGACA